AACAAAAUGGCGUGUCAACAAAGCCAGAAGCCCCACGAAAGGCACAACAAAAUGACGUAAACUUGUUUGAAUUAACCAAAUUACCCUACUCCAGUUUCACUCACCUGGCCCCCCUCAUCAACUAAAGUCACGGGGCGAGUGCAUUUAUUCUCUUCAACAACGCGCGUACGUGUGUCACAUUGUUUGCAUCACUCUUUCUGGUUGCUCAUCUUCCACCUUCCCCAUUUUCGGCUUUAAUUUUUCCCAAUCCAAACACAAUCACGCAGCGUGUGAUUCUACACUACACGACAGUUACACUCCUCAUCACACACACUCUAAUCCCGGCGAAAACGUAACGGUCAAAUUUCCAUUUUCAAUUCUUUCAGUAAUUCAUUCACGGUGAAGAAUCACGUUUACGCCUUGUUCUCUGUUACGAUUCCGUUCAAUACUUUAUUCACAAUGCUACUUCAACUUCUAGGGUUCUGAUUUCAAAACGAUGCUGUACAGUGGAAUUUUGAAAGAACAAUGGUAGCUGCGAUUUCAACGACGAUAAACUCGAAGCGAGCACCAACACCAACGAGACCACCACUGUUACCUUCUGAAUCGGACAAUGCACUUCCUCCACCACGAAGAACGAAAGCACGAGAAGUUACUUCUCGCUACAUGUCUUCUUCUUCUUCGUCAUCUUCUACUGUUUCGUCUCCUCCAAGAAGAUGCAACUCGCCGCUGGUGACUAGAACGGUGAAUUUGAAUAGACAGAAAUCGAUGCCGGCGGCGACGCCGGCACCGUUGGUGAAGCGGUCUCAGUCGGUGGAGCGACGGCGACAAGGAACUCCUCGACCUAACGGUGAUUCUCCGGUUGCUCAGAAAAUGCUGUUUACUUCGACUAGGAGUUUGUCUGUUUCGUUUCAGGGAGAGUCGUUUUCGAUCCAAGUCAGUAAAGCGAAACCGGCGCCGCCGCCGCAGAGUGUGAGGAAAAGUACACCGGAGAGGAGGAAGCUCGCAACGACGACACCGACAACUGUAAGAGGAAGAGUAAACGGAAAUUCCGAUCAAACAGAGAAUUCUAUUUCUAGGUCAGUGGACCAGCACCGGUGGCCGGGUAAAUUACAAAAUCAACAAGCAAAUUUCAUGAACAGAAGUUUGGAUUGUGGUGUUGCCGUUAGAAAUUCGAACGGAAUGGGAAACAACGUGGUAAGGUCGUUACGGAAUUCGUUAUUAGAUGCUCGAGCUUCUCACGAUGGAACAUUGAGAUCGGAAAGCAACAAAAAUUGCGGAUCUGAGCUUGAGAUUGAACCUGAACUUGUUCCUUCUGAUAACGAAAGUAUAACUUCUGGUAGUUCCUCAGGAGGACAAGUGCAACGUGCGUCUCGAUCGAUUGCUGUGCCAGCGAGAUUCUGGCAAGAGGCUAAUAAUCGGUUGCGGCGUCAAGCGGAUCCUCCGUCUUUGAGGAAUGGCGGAAUUGGAAACAAAGCAACGGUUCCUCCAAAGCUUUUGGUACCAAAAAAAUCGGCGUAUGAUAGUCCGGUUUCGUCUCCACGAGGAAUGGUGAAUAACCGGUUGCAGGGUUCUCCUAUUCGUUCGGCGGUUCGUCCUGCUUCCCCUAGUAAGCUAGCAUCGCCGUCACCAUGGUCUCCUUCGCGUGGUGUGAGUCCUUCUCGAGGAAGAAACGGAGUUGCUAGUAGUUUGAGUAGUAGAUUUGUUAAUGAACCUUCUGUUUUGAGUUUUGCCGUUGAUGUUCCGAGAGGGAAGGUUGGCGAUAAUAGAAUUGUUGAUGCGCAUUUAUUGAGACUCCUGCAUAACAGGCUCAUGCAAUGGCGUUUUGUGAAUGCCAGAGCAGAUGCUACCCUCACUGUACAGACAUUGAAUGCUGAGAAAAGUCUCUAUGAUGCCUGGGCAGCUACAUCGAAACUACGGGAAUCUGUUAGAGCUAAAAGAACAGAGUUACAGCUGCUGAAGCAGCAGUUCAAGCUAUUAUCCAUCCUGAAGGAGCAAAUGAUUUAUUUGGAAGAUUGGGCUAUUUUGGAUCGGGUGUACUCUGGGUCACUAUCAGGAGCAACUGAAGCACUAAAGGCCAGCACCCUACGCCUUCCCGUUGUUGGUGGGGCCAAGAUAGAUCUACUGAAUUUGAAGGAAGCUAUGUGUUCAGCAAUGGAUGUGAUGCAGGCCAUGGCAUCUUCCAUAUGCCUACUGUUACCAAAGGUGGUAGAUGUAAAGUCGCUGGUAGUUGAAGUUGCCAACUUAAGGGCAAAGGAGCGUGUUUUGCUUGAUGAGUGCAAUGAUCUGUUGUCAAUUAUUACAAAUAUGCAGGUUAGAGAGGGUAGCCUAAUAACACAUAUUGUACAACUAAAAUGCUUACCCAAGAGCCAGCAAUGAAAAUGAGAAGCAAAUUAGUGCAUUGUCUGAACUUUUUGGUGCUAACAUGAUAACAUAGGAGUGGUUUAGUUUGGUCCUGAAUUCAAUACAUGAAAUCGUCUUUGAUUGAUUAGCAAAGAGUGAAGAUUCCAUACAGUUUUUUAUUUUUUUUAUUUUUUUUUUACCUUUGUCGUGCUAUAAGCUUUAAUUGUCAAAUGAUGUAUAUAAAUUGUGUAGCAUUUUAUAUUUAAAAUUGAUUUUUGUUGUUGUAUUUGUUAGGUACCAUUACUCAUCAUCUUUUUAAUUACUGAUCUCACAUUCGUUACGGUA